AAAGCGGCGCGGAAACUUGGCCACCGCUCUCCGGGAGAUUGUGGCUUUGGUGGGGGUAGCUCAGGAGGGGUCGCUACCUGGUGGGGACUAGGCAGCCCGCUUCCCCAAGGUUGGUGCGCUCCUCCUGUCAUCGGGCUCUUGUUCUCUGAAGGGGCGCGCCCGCGCGGAUCCGCGCUCCCGGCACCGCCCACUCCCCUCCUGGCGGCCGCCCCUCCCUCCGCCCCGACAGCCGGCGGCGGUGGCGGUGGCUGGGUGAGGCCCCUCCUUCACCUCGCUUGCAGCGGAGCGGAGCGGGCGGACGCGGCUGGACCCCCAACGCUCCACCGGGCCAUGGCCGGCAAUGUGAAAAAGAGCUCUGGGGCCGGGGGCGGCGGUGGCUCCGGGGGCUCGGGCUCGGGCGGCCUCAUCGGGCUCAUGAAGGACGCCUUCCAGCCGCACCACCACCACCACCACCUCAGCCCCCACCCGCCGGGGACCGUGGACAAGAAGAUGGUGGAGAAGUGCUGGAAGCUCAUGGACAAGGUGGUGCGGUUGUGUCAGAACCCAAAGCUGGCGCUAAAGAAUAGCCCACCUUAUAUCUUAGACCUGCUGCCAGAUACCUACCAGCAUCUCCGCACUAUCUUGUCAAGAUAUGAGGGGAAGAUGGAGACACUUGGAGAAAAUGAGUAUUUUAGGGUGUUCAUGGAGAAUUUGAUGAAGAAAACUAAGCAGACCAUAAGCCUCUUCAAGGAGGGGAAAGAAAGAAUGUAUGAGGAAAAUUCUCAGCCUAGGCGAAACCUAACCAAACUGUCCCUGAUCUUCAGUCACAUGCUGGCAGAACUAAAAGGAAUCUUCCCAAAUGGACUCUUUCAAGGAGACACAUUUCGGAUUACUAAAGCAGAUGCUGCAGAAUUUUGGAGGAAAGCUUUUGGGGAAAAGACAAUAGUCCCUUGGAAGAGCUUCCGACAGGCCCUUCAUGAAGUACAUCCCAUCAGUUCUGGGCUGGAAGCCAUGGCUCUGAAAUCCACUAUUGAUCUGACCUGCAAUGAUUAUAUUUCAGUUUUUGAAUUUGACAUCUUUACACGACUCUUUCAGCCCUGGUCCUCAUUGCUCAGGAACUGGAAUAGUCUUGCUGUAACUCAUCCUGGUUACAUGGCUUUCCUGACGUAUGAUGAAGUAAAAGCUCGGCUCCAGAAAUUCAUUCACAAACCUGGCAGUUAUAUUUUUCGGCUGAGCUGUACGCGUCUGGGUCAGUGGGCUAUUGGGUAUGUCACGGCUGAUGGGAACAUUCUCCAGACAAUCCCUCACAAUAAACCUCUCUUCCAAGCACUGAUUGAUGGCUUCAGGGAAGGCUUCUAUUUGUUUCCUGAUGGACGGAAUCAGAAUCCUGACCUGACAGGCUUAUGUGAGCCAACUCCUCAAGACCACAUCAAAGUGACCCAGGAACAAUAUGAGUUAUACUGUGAGAUGGGCUCCACAUUCCAACUGUGUAAAAUAUGUGCUGAAAAUGACAAGGAUGUAAAGAUUGAGCCUUGUGGACACCUCAUGUGCACAUCAUGUCUUACAUCCUGGCAGGAAUCAGAAGGCCAGGGUUGCCCUUUCUGCCGAUGUGAAAUUAAAGGUACUGAGCCCAUUGUGGUAGAUCCAUUUGAUCCGAGAGGAAGUGGCAGUCUAUUGAGGCAAGGAGCAGAGGGAUCUCCUUCCCCAAAUUAUGAUGAUGAUGAUGAUGAACGAGCUGAUGAUUCUCUCUUCAUGAUGAAGGAAUUAGCUGGUGCCAAAGUGGAACGGCCUCCUUCUCCGUUCUCUAUGGCCCCACAAGCUUCCCUUCCCCCAGUGCCACCACGACUUGACCUUCAACGAGUAUCUAUUCCUUCAAGUGCUUCUGGUCUUGGAACUGCUUCAAAGGCCGCUUCUGGCUCCCUUCACAAGGACAAACCAUUACCAAUACCUCCCACACUUCGAGAUCUUCCGCCGCCACCCCCUCCAGACCGGCCUUAUUCUGUUGGAGUGGAAACCCGGCCUCAGAGACGCCCCUUGCCUUGUACACCAGGCGACUGCCCAUCCAGGGACAAACUGCCCCCUGUCCCCUCUAGCCGCCUUGGGGAAUCAUGGCUGCCUCGGUCAAUCCCCAAAGUACCAGUAGUUGCCCCAAACCAUAGUGACCCUUGGACAGGGAGAGAAUUAACCAACCGGCACUCACUUCCAUUUUCAUUACCCUCACAAAUGGAACCCAGAACAGAUGUGCCUAGGCUUGGAAGCACAUUCAGUCUGGAUACCUCCAUGAAUAUGAAUAGCAGCCCAUUAGGUCCAGAGUGUGAGCACCCCAAAAUCAAACCCUCUGCAUCUGCCAAUGCCAUUUAUUCUCUGGCUGCCAGACCUCUUCCUGUGCCAAAGCUGCCACCUGGGGAGCAGUGUGAAAAUGAGGAGGACACAGAGUAUAUGACUCCCUCCUCUAGGCCUCUAGGGCUUCAAAAGCCAGAGGUGAAAUGGCCUUCGGAGACAACACAGAGUUCACGAGCGUGUGAUUGUGACCAGCAGAUUGAUAGCUGUACAUAUGAAGCAAUGUAUAAUAUUCAGUCCCAGUCAGCGCCAUCUGUCACAGAGAGCAGCACCUCUGGUGAAGGGAAUUUGGCUGCAUCCCAUGCCCAUGCUAGCAGUGUUCCUGAGGAAUCAGAAAAUGAAGAUGAUGGGUAUGAUGUUCCUAAGCCGCCUGUGCCAGCAGUGCUGGCCCGCCGAACUCUGUCAGAUAUCUCUAAUGCCAGCUCCUCCUUUGGCUGGUUGUCUCUGGAAGGUGAUCCCACAACAACCUUCACGGAGGGUUCCCAAGUUCCUGAGAGGCCUCCCAAGCCGUUCCCUCGGAGAAUCAACUCUGAACGAAAAGCGGGCAGCGGUCAGCAAGGUGGUGCUACUGCUGCUGCUGCUGCUGCUGCCGCUGCCGCCGCCGCUGCCGCCGCCGCCGCCGCUGCCGCCGCCUCUCCGCAGCUCUCCAGUGAGAUUGAGAACCUCAUGAGUCAGGGAUAUUCUUACCAGGACAUUCAGAAAGCUUUGGUCAUUGCCCACAACAACAUUGAAAUGGCCAAAAAUAUCCUCCGGGAAUUUGUUUCUAUUUCUUCUCCUGCUCAUGUAGCCACCUAGCACAUCCUCUCCCUGCUGCAGCUUUGGAGGACCCGUGAGCUGGGAGCUCUUACUCGAGUAGCACCUAAAGAGCAGAGAGGUUCCUUUGGAGACUUCACAACGAAGUCUGGCCCCGUCUGUGGGCUAGCAUAUUUGUGGUUCUAAGAUUUCAAAGCAGUGGGAUGAAAAUGGAGCAGCUAGUGUGUUUUAUUACUUUAUUUGUUUUGAGAGUGCAUUUGAAGGUGUCCUUCAGUCCCCACUUAGAGAGAGAGAGUGGAUUUUUUUUUUUUUAGUGGUAGUCUGCUUGGGGAACAGUCCAGAAAGCAGUAGAAGUGUUACGCUGUAAAUCCUAAUUGAGGACUUAAGACUUUCCAGGGUUAAGAAUGUGGUUGUGUAUCUGUGUGUGUCCUGUGAUUACAAGAUUAACCUGCUGUCUGUGUUAAUCCCAGGCAGGGAAUUAGCACAAAAGGUUUAGGAAGGAAUCUUUUACAAACUUCCAUCUCCUGUGGUAUUAUACCCAACCCCAGUGUGUAUUACAACUUCAACACUUCCCUGUGGCUUGGAUUAUUAUAUGCAUAGCUAAAGUCUUAUAUUUUUAGAACACCCUCCCUCUGUCCUUUCUUCUCUCUUCUUUACCCUUGUCUGUCAUUGGCAGUUGGCAUGCUAUGACCAGCCUUACUGAAGCCAAGCAGCUUGUGGAAUGUUCUUUAUUAUGUGUGAUGGUGUUGGUUUGUUUGGUAGAUAGGUGGGAACAAAAAGUACUGCUGCGGCAUCAUUAUAGUCAUGUCUGAUACUAGCAGCUAACACUGGUCACUCCAAAGCACUGUUUUCAAUAGGAACAUUGAAUCUGUUAAAAUAAGAUGUUUUAAUUAUAAUUACACAGUGAUUGAUUUGAGAUAAAGGCUUUCAAAUACAUUCCAUGCUCUCCCCAGAGAAUAGCCUGUGGGAGUUAGUUGCCUUGGUGCCAGGUGUAUGUGUGUCUAAUGUAGGUCAUGAGAUUUUCCACUUAAUGGGAAGGGAAGAGUCUUUGUUUCCAGCAUGGCUUUCUGGCCCGAACACCAUGAAGCUUUUAGGAAACUUCAUUCACACGUUCUUUACCCUAUUAUCCAUAAAAUGCACAAAAUAGACCAUAGUCUGUUCGGUUUUUCUUCCCAGUGAAUUAAUUCCAGCUUAUAUGGGUGUCUCCUUUUGAACAUAAGCCAGGUUAUAUUUUCAAAAAUGAUUUUUUUUUUCCCCUUUAAGGAAUGGGGAUACCACUCCAUUAGUUUUCUCUUGUGCCUGUGGCUUUGGGAAUGUAGCAUUUCCUUCCCCUUUCCUCUUCACUGUAGUUCUAUAUACUCUUUAACGACUGCGUUCCCCACAGUAAUUAGACAUCAUUUAAUGUAAGAAAUGACUUUACUAUAAUCAGAGACAGUAUAUGAACAGCCAGGCAGUCUGCGUAAUUGCAGGCUCUUAAAGCAGAUUCAGAGUCUGGUGUGGAGCGCCAUUGUUCCUGUAGAUGUUGCCGAAUGACCCCUUGAGUUUAGGCCAUUAUCUGCCCAGCGUCUGCUGACUUCCCUAGCACAGUGUAACCUUCUUCCUUAUCAGAAGCAAGGCUGCUCUUUUGAUUAAUCUACCCGUCUCAAAAUCUAAAUCAUGCUUUUGUCUUUAGAUCCAGACAGAAAUGACUCUCAGAUCUGUUUUCUUUCCCACCUUGUCCUCUUCCUAACUAAAACUUUUUCUAACUCAUAGAUCUUUUGAUUUUAUCCUCUUUUCUUAGAGCCAUUUACGUUCUCAUAGUGGACAGUACAGGACUUCUUGUUGAUUUGCCAUGGUUACCCAGUGUCUCCUUUACAUGGCAGAAAACAGCACAGCCCGCCACCAGGUGCAGGAGGUCCUGAACUCCAAUGUAGAUGGGCGAAGGGCAAUCGCAGUGAGUAGGAAACAGUAACUUAGUAUCUCCUUCUAAAAACCAUUAUAGUGUUUCAUUUGUGGUAACAUCCAGUUUUGCAUUUUAUUUAGAUACUGAAAGCAUAGAUUAAGAACUAGAAAAAAAUGGCAGCAGGUUCCAUGCCUAUCCACACUGGAAUUUUUCCUUGUCUGUAAAUAUCGCCCAGAGUCUGAAGAUCUAUCAGGAGGACAAAGCACUGGUUCUGCAUAUCUUUUGCCUUUUCAAGGUACACCCAAAAUCUUUGGAGAAUGCCCUUACUUAUAUAGGCUACGGGCAAGUUCAUUCUUUCUUUUCCUAAUGGAGUACUUGUGUGACUUGUUGGGUACUUCCUGAACUGGGGUACUAGAACAUGUGCAGCCUUGAUUGGCCUAGUCAUUACCUUGUCAGCUGUGUAUCUGUAGGCAUUCAGAGUUUUAGACCAUUCUGGGAGGGCUUUUCUUUUUCUUUGACAGGGUACUCUGAGGGUACACGUGGGUCACCUGAGAUUGCCAGGCGAGCGCCUCAGGAAAAUUUUCCCAUGGCUCUUGUUUUGAGGAUAUUCCUAAAACUUGAAUUUCUUAAAUUUUCCUUUGACUAAGGCAUUAAUAACUCGUUCUUUAUCCUCUGUUUGUAUGGCAGUUUUUAAUUCUUUGGCUCUGUUCUGAGUUUAACUAAAAUUGUCCUUUCACAAACAGGCUUUAUUUUGAGUUUUGGGCAAACCCACCCUUUACCCUCUCUACCCCCAAUUACAAAUGGUCCCUCCUCUGUUAAGUAUCAGGUAAAUAAGGUAGAAACCACUUUGAUGUUUUACUCUUUCGUAAAUACACUAGACUGUAAUGUUCAACCCAAUCUCCUGUUUUCCCUGUGUCUUCCUGGGUUGCUUUACAUAUCCUGCCACAUUACUGGAUGGUUGCCUUGCCUUGCAAUACUUAAAAUCAUUUGUUCCUGCUAUACAUCUUCCACCAAAGGGUUCUCCAAGUGGAAAAAACCUGUUGGCGCUAUGAUAUACCUCCCUUUUUAUGUAAAUAAUAGAUUGGGCAAUUUAUCAUCUAGCAUUUAUCUGUUACUAUUUUAUGUAAAUAGUUAUCUAUACCUGUGGAUGGUCAUUCUCUUCCAUUGGCCCUUUCUCCCCACAAGCCACACGCUAGAUGUUCUGCUGUUCUGUUCUCUCUCUUCUUAUACAGACUCUCAACACCAGGGCUCAGGAUGUGGGAUAGUACUAUUGGUAUCAUUUGGCUGUUUUGUGGAUUAAAAAAACAUAUUUUGAAAGGGGUCGUUAUUCUUCAUACUUGAAAUAUUUAUUUCUUCUACAAAAAAAGAAAAUAUAUUUUAUGGUCCCAAAUGGCAAACUUACAAAUGAAUUUUUGUAAAUUUGCUUACAAAGUAGGGACCCAGCUAUUUGUUCCCUUUAAGGCACUAUUAACAGAUCUAGACCUUAUUUUUUUCUUUUUAAUUGAGGUAUAAUUGACAUAUAACAUUAUAUUAGUUUCAGAUAUACAAUGUAAUGAUUCGAUAUUUGUAUACACUGCAGAAUGAUCACCAUGAUAAGUCUAGUAAGCAUCCAUCACCGUACAUAGUUACAAAAACUAUUUUUUCCUUGCGAUGAGAACUUUUUAAGAUUUACUCUCUUGGCAACUUUCAGAUAUGUACUAAGGAUCUAGACCUUUUUGUGGGUGAUCCGCAAUGAGGUUAAUACAGAAUCUUCUACCUCACAUCAUGAAAGUCAGAGGGUGAUAGACCGUUUUCCCAAACUGUUUGUAAAUUCCCCUUCUUACCGUUGGCCUUUCUGAUUCUGCAGUGACCACUGCCCAUAAAAUAACAGUAUUCUGACCACUGACCUGGGUGUUUUCCAGUUUGUUUGUUUGUUCAGCAAAUGUUUAUGAGUGGUUACCAUGUGCCAGAAGUGUCAGCUCUGUGUUCUUCCCUGCCAGCACGUGGUAAUUUACUGAUGUUGGGAGAUUGUACUUGAACUGCCUAGUACUUGCAUUUGGCCCUAAAAUAGCCCUUCCCAAUAAGAUUGUGUAGUUUUUAUUCACAGCUCUUUUAUGUAAACAUGUCUUUCCUUAUAGAGCUGUCCCGGUUAAAAUCAGUUCAUGACUCUCCCAUUGCCCCCUAUUGUUUUCCUAUAACUUUAAUAAUGUCUGGGACUUUCCUCAGUGUAAAUCUCAUGGGUACCCAUCAUUUUAAUGUAUUUCAGUGCAUUCUGUUUGGUGGGUUGAGGGGUAU